AAGAGCCACAAGUCCAAUCAGUGUCGGUUCGCAAGGUACAAGUGUACCAAGUGCAACAUGAAGGGUCAUUUACGUAGGAUGUGCAAACGAGUCAACUUUGUGGAUUCUGGCGAGGUGGACCAGGGCGAUGACGAUGUCCUUACAGAGUGAUUACUACGGGGGAACAAUACGAUCAGACUUUGUGCCGGGAGACAUUGUUAUGUACAAAAAAUUUGUAAACAAAAAUAAAUAUCACUGGACAAAAGGUGUUAUUGUAAAGAAGUUGGGCGAAGUGGUGUAUUUACUCAAGGACAAUGAAAGUGAUGCACAGUUAAAAAGGCAUAAGAACCAAAUAUUUUUAUAUAAAGAAAAGCCAAGUAGUAGUCUGAAUGAACAUUUUGAUUUUGCUAACGACUGCUAUCAACACGAUGAUAGGGUUAAUGGGGAGGGGGAGUUGCCUGUAGAAGGUACUCCUGAGCAGAGGCCAGUGAGCGCGGCUCCAGCAGCCGCCCCGGCGCCGGGCCCCGCCCGGGACGACCAUAGUCCAGUCAGAGGAGCCGGGCUGACUACCAUGCUUUUAAGAAAUGUUCCUAAAGUAGAUUAUAAGAAGUUCUUUUAGGUUUAAGUGUAAAUUGUGCUAUUGUUAAAGUAUAAGGGAUAACAGUUAGCUAUUGGUGGAGGGA